CGAUUCCACUCUACACUCUUGCCCCAUUCCAGUCUCGUCAAUCAUCAUGGCCUCUGCAGACAUCGCCUCAAUCCCGACUCCCGCCCAUUGCACCGCCGACUUCUGCUUGAUUCCGGUAGGUCCUGGCUGCCAUGAAUGGCUUGAUCGUCCCUCGUUCCUCCGGACUGCUCGACUCCGGCCCUCUCCGGCCUGAAGUCAUGAUAAGCUCUCCCCGUCUAUACGAUGCAACCCUCCCCAGCCCGCCGAGUAUUGGAACCGCCUCCCCCUCCGUCUCCGCCCAAAUCGCCGACGUCCAGCGUCUGAUCGAGAAAUCCGGCGUCAAGUAUGUGAUGCACUCUGCCGGCACCACCCUCGAGGGCCCCUGGGAUAAGGUCCACCAGGUUAUUGGCCAGGCGCAUACUAUUCUCCACGAGCAGGGAAUCGUCCGCAUCCAGACCGACAUUCGGGUUGGGUCGAGAACCGACAAGGAGCAGUCGUUCGAUGACAAGGUUAAUAAAAUCCGGCAGUUAUUGGGUAAGGAAUAAAUAGACAGUGGGUGAGGUGGGCUUGGAAUAAGGCGCAAUUUGACUCCCCAUAUAUUCAGAUGAGAUUUGAGGUUGACUGACUCUGUGUUAUCGGUCAUCUACUGCUACUGAAAUGGAAUGCUCGACUACGGGAGUUGAGGACUCGUAACAGUCAUCAAAUUCAAGUCGUGACUAACAACCAUCAACGCCGUCUUCUAUGCUCUGCAUAUCAUGCCGACUUAUGUAUAGCAGAAAGGAAUGUCGUGAAAAAGGACCACAAAAUAAACAUCCGUCCCUGUCCAAACUGAAACGCUGAUCUAAAUAACCCUGUCAAAUCGAGGAAAAUCGCGGAUGAUCCAAUAAGAAGGGGAAAAAAAA